AUGGUAUCCCCUGUAUUUCAAUACUAUUUAAAUCAUAGUACGGCGGCCACAUUAGUAUUCAUCCCCACAUUGUUAUUCCUCCCAUAUGAAUACUCGGCAGACAUUCGGACUAUUCACAUGAUAGUACUCUGGGAAUAUCAAUACUUGAAGUUAAGAAGGAGGUAUUAUCCGAAAAACAGUAUUGUUAACAUAACGGUAUUACAUGGACACGCAUACUUUCCAACAAAUAGUACCAUAGAUAUGGUCUCACUAAUGAAGCUACAUAAAGGCAAAGACAAUUCUAUCAGUAGAACAAGUUCACUCCUGGAACCUCAAUACGUGAGGCAAGAAAGUACUCUUAACAUCAUCAUACUCCUGGAGUAG